AUGAGCACCGAAUUGUACAAGAAGGAAAAGUCCGUCAAAUCCAAGCACAGCGCUUCUUUACUCAGCAACAAUCUGACUGUUCAGUUGAUGUUAGCUGAAAGUUCAGUUCGUUAUGGAAUUGUACACAAGUCUCUCGUCGACAUUGUGACUGCUUCACUUGAUGGAUCCAUGGUGACCAGCAAACAGAUUUAUUUUAAAGAUCCUUCAGUUCCUGGUAGUUCGAUGCAGACCGUCAUGCAGGCCAAAUGGGUAACAUUAGGUAUUCAACGCACACUCUUGGUGGUUGCUGCUCAAAAGGGAAUUCAGUUCUUUGAGCCAGAUGGCACUUUACUCUUUUGGCACAACUUAGCUUCUGCUGAGGACACUGCAUGUACCAGUAUGUAUGCAAGAGGAAUUGCUGCUGUAGGAUCCAAUUUUGUCUGUGUGGGGACUCAUACUGGAGACAUUCUUUAUUUCAAAGUUCCACUAAAAGGAAAGACAAUUGCUUUCUCAGGUAAACUUUCUGAACAUAAGAAAGGAAUUUGUUGCUUAGCAGCUAGUGACAAUUUAAUGGCAAGUUCUGACAUGGAUGGUGAUAUCUUCCUGUGGAAAGUAUCCAGCAAUGAUGUCUUUCUACCAUUGUUCCGAAUUCCUGGGUAUCAGAGCCCUUGCAGCAGCCUUGGCUUAUGGAAUGAGUGUGUUGUGGGUGGUUAUGGCUCUGGACACUUGAGAGUUUUCUGUGCCAAAACUGGGGCCCUAGCUGCAGAAGUCGCUGCACAUACAAGGUGGAUCAACGCAGUAGAUAUUGCCCCUAAAACUGGGCUGGUUUUAUCUGCUGGAGAAGAUUCAUUUGUAAGGUUGUGGCAUUUAAGUAAGGACCCCUUCCCACAGAUCUCUGUGGCUGGUAGCCAAUAUCAUGUUGAUAGCCAGCUUGUUGGUAGCUGCUUUGUACAAGACGAGGGAAAAGUUAUUGCCUCGACUGCCUAUGAUAAAAAUGAAAUCAUGUUCCUUGUAGCACGCUAA